AUGUGGUUACAUUCCCUAAGAAACACCACUACGAGGACGAGAACUCCAAUUAUGAUGAUGAUGAACACAAAAAGUUCGAAUAUGCUGAUGAGGUUGUAUUCAUCAGGGUCUAUCUCCACUUCGAUGAAGAUGACACCAGAAGAGAAAAUGAUACUAGAGAAAUUAUCAAAGGCAUUACAACCUAAAUCUAUAAGAGUACAAGAUAUGUCAGGUGGAUGUGGUACCAUGUUUGCCAUUAAUGUAACUAGUUCGCAAUUUAAUGGCUUGACCACGAUUAAACAACAUAAAUUGGUUAAUGAGAUUUUGAAAGAUGAUAUUCCUAGAUGGCAUGGAUUACAAUUACAAACGAAGAAGGAUAAAUAG